ACUUUUGGUGCGGCAGCUUUGCUAUAAUAAUUUUCAAACUGCACGGCUACGGUGACCAAUGUCAGCUCCAUAUACUCGUAAUUUAGUAUCGUAUCGUAUAGUAUCAUAUCGGUAUCAUAUUGAAAUAAGAUUUAAUUUAAAAACUAAAACUCGCAAUGGCCUGUUAAGGCAAAUAAACAAUCCAAAUCUGCAACAACAAUAAUAUUUAUUUCGAAAAUUUUUUACAUAGCAGCUCGAUAGGUAAUUGUUAUGUUUAUAGGUAUGCAUUAUAAAAGUAUAUUCCAGAACUUAAUUAUGUAAUGCACGUGCAUAUGUGUCAUGACGUCAGUGCAAUGUUGAUCAAGGUUUGUGAUAGCCACACGUUCCGCAGGGCGAGCCACAAUGUAAGCAUAUCUAUCCGACGAUUUCGACGGCUCAAAACAUAAUAAUGGACGAGCUGUUGUCUCGCACCAAGACUUCGGUGGGCGUAGUGUCGCUGCGCUGGGUGCUGCGCCUGCGUCUUGCCGUCGGCUUCUACCCGCACCUCUCCACCCGCGCCGUCCUCCGCGCCGCCGCGCGCCUCUACUGCAUCGUUCUAUCCACCACAGUCAUCACCAUAUAUUUCAGCUUUUUUGUGGAAGACCGAAGCUUGAGAAAAUAUUUUGAUCUAGUCUAUAUUAUCAAUUACGCAGUAUGCGUUUACAUCUCUUUACUAACGGGGGAAAAAGAUUUGUUUAACUUUUGUAAAAUGAUCGAGCAAGUGGACAGAAAAUUAGGUUUUCCACACUUACCAUUAUUAACUUUUAGAGCUAAAAUCAUGUUUUUAUGUAUUUACUUAUAUGAGACCGUUAAACUUAUAGCUUUUGUAUUUGCAAUACCAAGAUUAGAUUGGAAAUUCUUUACUAUUUGCAUUAUCAGUAUUGCUACGUCUGUUCAUUGUAUAAUUCAAAUUAUCUUCUUGGAUCUGCUUCGUUCUCGACUGGCCUUACUGCGACAAGUCUUUGAAUUGAAUUUAAAACUUGACAUCAAUAGUAGCACCAUUAUGGACAGUCAAAUCCAAAACAUCAGCGAGUGCUUAAAACUCUAUGCAAUUUUGAUUGAUACCUUGAGCGAAAAUUUUUUUUGGUCAAAACUACAGAUAAUUAUAAGAUUUACUACCUGUUUUGCCUUCUGCAUCACUAAAGGCGCUGAAUGUGUUUCGAGAAUCAAACAUGCGGAAACCUUAACCGGACUCUUUGAUCAACCACUCGUACUGGAAACGACCAAUUGCUUCAUUCGUUUCAUCCUCGCGAGCCUACCAGCUGUUUUCACCGAACUGAUCCACUGGGAAGAAGAAAAACUGAAAACAGUUAUCGCGAAUCAGCUUCUUGACUGUGAAGAUUGUCAAUAUUCCAGUGAUGACUCACUAUACGCUGCACUGACGCUGGCCGCCGAUUAUAUUCAACAUCGCCCUUUCCGCCUCAGCUUGUGGAAUUUGCUUCCGCUGGACGCGUCGCUCGUGCUCACCUUCGCCGGAUUCUGCACCACUUACUUAAUCGUCGUUACUCAGAUAUUUGGCAUAAUUUAGUGUUUAUCCACAAGAAGAGUUCUAAUUAGCACAAGCAACUUCGUGUAAUAUGGUAGUAUUAGUAGUUGAAAAAAAAGAGAUUAUAUAAUUUUAAAGGUUUUUGAAAUAAUGUUUGCUCACAAAUCAACUCUGCGAUUAAAAAACACAAAAGGACACAAGAAGUACUUGAUAUACAUGUAUAACUAGAUAAAUGAGAAGAAAUGCAGUCAGCUAUAAAAGUGUAUGUCACAAUUUUUUUAAGGUAUUCCAAAUAUUGUCUGUAGCAUGUGCACGGUUAUUUGGUUGAAUCCGUUAAAAAGUGUGUUA